CCAGCCGACGCGUUCAUCUUCCUUGGCCAGAACCAUCAUGUCGAAAAAUGUGACGCCAUGGAUCUUAGAAUAUCUCAUCGACGUGGCCCAACAACAUGGAGCCGACACCAGUGCGUUUCCAGUUUCCAUGAAGAAAAAGAGUGUUCAGAUUAUUGAGGUGAGUUACAGUUACUUGCUUUACGAGUUCAACGUUCAACGUUCAGAACGUUGCGUGAUAGUGAGUUUCUCAGUUACGGCCCUGCAAAACUUGACGAAGACUCCAUAAUUUGGGCUCGUAUAUCCGACAAGAAGCAUCACAUUCCGGUUAGGUUUAGCAAGGAAAGCGUCGCAGAGCAUCACAGGUCCUCUGGCCACCACCUCACCUCUCAUCGAACGUCUCUCAUUACCAUCAAGAAGUACCGACUUAUGCUCUCGCGCAUUCCAAAUCGUGAUACUUUGACUACUUGUUCACAUUUGGUAUUGGAUUGUACGGAAUUCUCGUCGAGGAGCUCUUACAAUGAACCACGUUGGGGUAAUCCUCAAGAUGUUGAGGUUGUCCGUGACAUAAGAGAAUGGACUGCGGGUCUAAGAAAAGGCGGAGGAGAUGGGAACGUGUUGAAGGAACGAGCCAAGAAUCAAAAUGGAGAGACCCAUGUCCAAAUCUUGCUACCCGACGUUCAAAAUUCCUUGUCUCGUCCACGGCAACCACAACCACCGCUGAAAGCACAACCAGCAUCUAAAGCACGUUGCUCAACCUGGAGAGGUAAGGGAAAGGAGGUCGAUCACUCUUUCGCUAGGAAGCGAGAGCGUCGAUGGGUGGCAUAUUCACGAUAUCCAGAAAGAUAUUCCACGAUACCUGUGUCUGAAGGGUGGAAGGAGGUGGUGAGAGGGCUAUCUAUUUAUGGAGAUGAGGAAAGCUGUGCUAUGAACUGGAAGGCGGCCAAACGUAACACGAACAGUAUGGUCAACCUCAUCCAUCGCCACAGGACACAUUUGAUAGUCAAAACAGGGUCUCACCCACUUGAUCUAGGAUCUUCCCAACCAUCGCAAUCUCAGCUUUACGAGUCAUCCGCGAGAGAAGACCCAGCGGAAGAAUCCAGACAUGGGUCUUGGCCAUCUCAACAAGCCACCCCUCCACCUUCCGGUUCCCCUGAGCCCCAGUCGCGUGGGGAACAGGAACCUGCACAGAGCAGCGGCAGAUCGGCUUCCCCCUUGAGUGCUUGGGAUUCAAGUGAGGACGAAGAGGACAAGCAAGUGCAUGUCUCAGGUAUCUCACAGUCCAACCUACCACCCUCUUCAUACUCACCCCUAUUCGCGUCGCCUUCGCCCCAUCGUCACUCCCGUUCAUUAGGUCCCACUCCUGUUCAAAGCCAACGUGCUGAAUCAUACUUAGCGCAAGGGCGGAAGUUAACUCUCAACGCCGGGAAUCACCAAAGCUCCAGUCUCAUCGCAUCUUCUCCUGAAAUGUCCAAAAUCGCAGAAAACGGCCGGCAACACUCCAUGUCCCCGCUUAGAUCGUCACCCUUGGUAUCACAUGUAAUCGCAACGCAAACGGUAAACUACUUGUCGUCACCGUCCAGGGAGUAUGGGUUGAAUGUGCGGAGGAAGGUUUCGCCCCCGCCCCAGCCACAACCUCUACCCUUGGGAGAGAAACCCCUCGUGUUGGUGCCGAAUUCUGACACUAGCGGCAGCCAAGGGCAGACUCAAAAUCAAUCACAGGAGGAGCAGGUGAAGAAAAAGAUGGAAGUGGAGGAAGCUCACAAUAGUCAGGGGUCCAUUGCUUCCCCCAUCCACAUUCCAAGUGGGGGAGGAAACCUCUCCGAGGGAUCGAUUGUGCCCGAAACCCAGCCACAUGGUUCAGGAACUAAGAUUCACGGUCAAGAUGAAGAAGAGUUAACGGCAGAUGGCAAUGAAUAUGUCAGGGAGGUGGAGCUCUCCAUGGAAGUUCAUCCGGGAACCAUUGUUGAUGAUUGUGCGGGUGCGGAGGGUGAAAAUCCUCCGGAUCAAGUUGAUGAUAAACAGAAUCAGCAACUAACCUGUUUCAAGGAGACGGACCUUGAUCACACUGGUUUCCAAGAGGAUGAUGCACAGACUUUGGAGCAUUUGUUUGGUUUGCGGAGGAACACUAUACCUGAUAUCUGUUACAGUCGACAGGAUUGGGUCAGGCCUAGUUUCAUGGAGCCGACUCGCGGUCACAGCGAGAUUUCCCUGAAAAGGAAGGGAGGUGACCUCGGUGUCGACGAUCAGCAAGUUGAUGGACCCGUGGGUAAGAAGGCCCGGGUGAAACACGAUGCAGUCCGCCGCGAACCAAUUGCCACACCGACUUCCAUCGACAGGGAACCGAAGGCGAAGAAGUUGAACGGCUAUACUGUGGGUCUCGACGAUAUGAAGUCGUCUGAGCCUUGGAUGAUGACUUGGGAGCGAUUGGGGAGAAUUUUACUGACGACCGGUAGAGCGCGAGUGCAUGAUUUCAAAAGUAGGCAUGUAUGAACUGCGGGAGGGCCUUUCUUUGUCUCGCGACGGCCGGGUCCGACGAUGUCGGUAAAAAUGGUACUGAGGUGCUGUAGAAGAAGAGCUGGUUUGCAAAGUUUUAUGCGUGUAUCUGCUCAGCUGAGAGUGCUGGUAAGUAGCUGGACUGAAAAGCGGAAUCAUUGGCUAUUUUACUGUACCUGAGGCCUUACUUGUUUUUCGUUGUCCGUCAGGUAUGUAGUACCAAUCACUCUACUUGGUCUUACCUCCAUGUUUUUAGUUUCUUUAUCAUGCACUUAGAGUGGGCACCUUGCCAGUUCCUGGUUCAAGACACCGGGAAUGUGAUAUUAAAUGAGAGCAACGGGAAAUGUGAAGAAACUACUUGUGAUAUAAAUAUUUUGAAAGAACAUUUGGGAUCCGGUUGUAAGCGAACAAGGGGAAUGUGAAGAACAGUCAGAGAGUGUACAAUUACCCUCCUUCGCUGAAAGUGAAAACGGCUGCAAGUAAGUAAGGACAGUCAUAGCGCUGAUGUCGUAGACGUGGAAUUUGGUGCGAAGACGGAGAACAUAACCCCAAAUGCGAGCUGUCAACUGGAGGGAGAAGUGUGUGUAGGGAUUGGGCCGCUCAAGAUAUGAAGCAGUUUGGGUCCAGUGAG